AUGAAGAGCCUUUCUGCCAGGCUGCCGCUGCAGCAGCUUCGAGUAUGCAGCAAGUACAAAAGCAACAACAACAACAGCAGCAGCAGCAGCAGUCCAACACGAGAGAGCAGCAGCAACAGCAGCAACAGCUGCAGCAGUGACAGCAGCUCGGACAGCAGCAGCAGGAACUCUUCCCCGGUACGUAAGCUGUCUAGCAGCAGCACCAGCAGACGGAGCUUGGUGCGAGGGAGGAGAGGGAUUCUUCCUGCUGCUCCUGCUGCUCCUGCUGCUGCUCCUGCUGCUGCUGCUGCUGCUGCUGCUUCUGCAAGUGGUAAAAGGAGGCAACGUGGGGAUCCAUUUGCUGCAUCUGCAGCAAUAAGAAACUUUGAGGUAUUUUAUUUUAAGCCAAUAGCAGCAGCAGCAAAAGGAGUUGUAGCUGCUGCUGCUCCUGCUGCUCCUGCUGCUGCAGCACAUCUUGCAGCAGCAGCAGCAGCACCCUUCCUCUCCAACCAGGUAGAUCCUACAGCAGCAGCAGCAGCAGUAGGAGAAGCUGUUGCUGCGCUGCCACUUGUUGAUGUCCUGCAGCAGCGCUUUUUAAAUGCAGCAGCAGGAACAGCAACAGCAGCAGCAGCGACAGCAGCAGCAGCAGCAGCAGCAGAGUCUAUGGAGGAAGAUGAAGGCAGCAACUUAGAGAGACUAGCAGAUGCGCUGCUGCUGGUGGCAGCAGCAGACAGCAGCACGCAGCGGGAAGCAUGGGAGAGGAUGCGGGAAGCUGUAGCAGCAGCAGCAGCAACAGCAGCAGAAGCAGCAGCAGAUACAGCAGAACCUGCUGCUGCUUCUCUACACGGCCUUGAAUGUGCUGCACCUCCUGCUGCUUGGCGGCUUCUGUCUGGUGCUCUUUGCUGCUGCAUGCAGCAGCAGGGAAGGCAGGCACUCGUUGCUGCAAUAGCCUACCUGCGGUUCUUAUCGCUGCAGGUGAAUGACUGCCAAGAGCUGCAGCAGCCGCAGCUAGAUGGAGAGGCGCUGAAGUUGGUGCUGCGGCAGCUGCAGCAGCAGCAGCAGCAACAACAACAGGCGAGGGCCGCUCCUUGGCAGCAGCAGCUGCAGCAGCAGCAGCGCCUACAGCAGCAGCAGCAGCAGGACAACGACAUGCAGCAAGAGCGCGCUCGUCUUUUCCCGUGGCUGCAGCAGCAGCAAGUCCCCUCGCUGAUAGACAUUUUGCUGCUGCAGCUGUUGGUGGUGCAGCAGCAGCUGCAGCACCAAACUUUGUCCUCCUGCAGCAACAGAGAGGCGCUGCGCCUGCUGCUAAGAGGGACGAUGGAUCUAUUAAGCAAGACUGACGGAAACCCUAGGCAAGUGCUGCUGCUGCUGCCGUUGUUGCUGCUGCUCCGCGUUAAGGAACUACGCUCCAUGCACAUGCAGCAGCAGCAACAGCAGCAACAGCAGCAGCAGCAACGGCAGCUUCGAGACAGCGACGAACUUAAUGCAAAGGAUGAACAGCAGGAUGUGGAUCAACAGCAGCAACAGCAGGAGCAGCAACAGCAACAGCAGCAGCAGCAGCAGGUAUUUUUCUUGCUGCCUCUCUACGAAGCAGGGCCGCAUGUUGAUUGCCUUGCUGCAGCAGCAAGCGAUCUGCUGCUGGCAGCAUUACCUAGGCUGCUGCAGGAGCAUCAGCAGCAGCAGUUUGAUGUUGAUGCAGCAGCAGCAGCAAACGAGGCAGCAGCUGGAGCAGCAGCAACAGCAGCAACUGCUGUUGGCAAUGAACAGAAGCAGCAGCAACAAAGACAGCAGCAGCAACAGCAGCAGCAGCUGGUCGCCUUCAUUGUGCGGGUAGUUAACUGCUGCGGCGAGCUGCUGCUGCCAGAGUUGCUGCUGCACCCUGUGCUGCUGCAGCAGGCCCGCAGAAAAGAUCUAAAGGAGAUCCGAGCGGCGGCAGCAGCAGCAGCAGCUGCUGCUGCUACUGACGAAGAAGCAGGGGAAGGCUACGAUACAAUAGGCACAUCAUCAUCAUCAGCAGCAGCAGCAGCAGCUGCUGCUGCUGCACCCAGCGCAGCAGAAGCCACACGGCUGUCAGAGCUGCAGCAGCAGCGACAGCUAGCUGGCGACCCUAUCAUUGCCUUCUUAGCGCACUUUUGCUUCGCGUGUCUCCCCAGCAGCACAGCAGCAGCAGCUGCUGCAGCAGCAACCUGUUUGGUCAUCCUUAGGUGCUGUAUCGUGCAGGAACAGCUGCAGCUGCAGGAGCACCAGCGGCUGCUGCAGCUGGGCGACAGCACAAGUCUGUUGCACCAUAUUGAACAACAGCAGCAGCAACAGCAACAGCAACAGGGGGAGCAGCAGCAGCAGCAACAGCAGCAGCAGCAGCAGAAGCAGCGGCGUCAAAGUGUAAUUGAGCGUUUCUUGCUGAUUGUGUUAAUCCCGCUGCUGCAUGCAUCUCGUUUAGGUCAUCGGCUGCUAGGGGUUGAGCUGCUGCAGCAGCUGCUGCACUCUUCUGCUGCUGCAAUCAGUAGCAGCAGCAGCAACAACAACAACAAUGGCAGCAACAGCUGCAGCAGGAGGGACACACGAGAGGGGGAAAAGGCAGCAGCAGAGACAAACAAGUGUCUCCUAAGGCCUUUCUUCGAGGGUACUGAUGAGCUGCUGCUGCAGCUGCUGCAGCAGCUGUUGCUGCCGUUUGCUGCAGCACUUGCAGAUCGCCAACCUCUUAUAAGAGCAAAAGCAAUAGAGGCGCUGCCCUCUGUGUGCGGUGUGCUGCUGCGUGCUGCAGCAGAUUCAGCAGCAGCAGCAGCAACGACAACAACAGCAGCAACAACAGCAGCAGCAGUUUCUGAUUUGAAGAAGCAGCAGCAGCAGCUGUUGCUGCUGCUGCUGCAGCCUUCUGUCUUUGAGGGACUAAGAAGAAGCUGCUUAGAGCACAGCAAGACGGUCGUACGUCGUGCUGCGUUGCUCGCACUGCAGCAGUUGCUGCCGCUGCUGCUGCAACAUCUACCUCUGCUGCAGCAGCUGCAGCAGCAACUGCAGCAACAGCAGCAGCAACAGCCUGCUCACGGGGUGUCCCCUCUUGCUGGAGAGUCUCCUGAGACAAUGACAGAGGAUGCGCCAGCCGCAUCAGCAACAGUUGCAGCAACAACAGCAACAGCAGCAACAGCAGCAGCAGCAGCAGAAAGGGCUGCUGCAGUUCCCUGUGUAUGGGCUGUACACAAACUACUGCAGCAGCAGCAACAGCAACAACAGCAGCAGCAGCAGGGGGAGAGGGGACAGCUGGCAGAGCUGCCGAGGGAUGGGCAAGAGGGAUUGCUGCAGGAGCAGCAGCAACAGCUUGUGCAGGCGCAGCAAACAGAUGCAACUGCAACGACUGCUGCUGCUGCUGCUGCUGCUUCUCUGACUAGCAGCAUCUGCUGCGCAUGGAGAGACUUCGUGCUGCAUGCAGCAGCAGCAGCUGACGAGGAGCCCAUGGUUAGAGAAAAAGCCUUCGAGGCUGCUCAGCAGCUGCUUCUUACCGACAGCAGCAGCAGCAACAGAAGCAGCAGCUGCAGCGCAGCAGCAGCAGCAGCAGCAACAGCAGAGGCUGCAGCAGACCUGGUUAUAUGUGGCUCUACUGAUGAGCAGCUGGAGACCCUAAGACAAUUUUAUUUCUUUUGCUGCAUUAAGAGGGGAGGAAUGCCUGCUGAUCGCCUAGCGGGGUGUAUGCGUAGCUUAGCUGCUCCUGGUGUUGCAAUAAGGAGACUCCUUGAGCUACAGGGUUUCUUCGAUUGGGCCAAUUCCCCAUCUGGAGACCUUAUGAACCCUGCAAGCAACAGCAACAGCAACAGCAACAGCAACAGCAGCGGCAGCAGCAGCAACAGCAACAACACUAGUGAGCAGACAAUGGAAGCUGCCGAAGCAGCGUUUGCUGCGUGGCGCCGAGUUGCUGCAGCGCUGCAGCAGCAACAGCAGCAGCAGCAGCAGCAGCAGCAGCAGGACAUGCAGCAAGACCCUCAGCCUCUUCAAAACCAGCAGCAGGAGGAGGAGCAGCAGCAGGAGCAGCAGGAGCAGCAGGACGAGCUCUUAGGGGAUAAAGCUCUGCUGCUGCUAGGUCUUGUUGCUUCUUCUGCUGCCUUUGCGUCUCGAGCAACUCGUGCUGCUGCUGCUGCUGAGCUGCUGCUGCUGCUGUCGCAGCAGCUGCUGCCUGUUAACUUUAUAGCUCCUGCUGUCUCUACACUCUUUGCUGUCUCUAAAGGUCUCCUUUACCUGCCCCACACCGGGGCCUUUACCUCCCCACAGCAGCAGCAGCAGCAACAGCAGCAGCAGCAGCAGCAGGAAGCAGGGGUGGGGGGCAGCUGGACAGACGUGCUGCUGCAGCACACGAGGGAAGGCCUACAAAGGCUUCUUAAGGAGAUGAUAGGCAGAGCUACGGUGUCUCUACAGCUUCAUGCAGCAGCAGCAGCAGGACAACCAGCAGCACCAGCAGCAGCCAAUCCUGCAGCAGCAGCAAUAGCAAUAAUACCAGUACAAGAAGCAGCAGCAAAUAAACAGCAGCCGCUGCUGCUGCUUCCAGAUGACGAAGUCUUCUGCAGAUAUUUAACGUUAGCUGGGGAGUUGGCGUUGAUGGGUUUGCUGCGGCUGGACGAUGAUGUAGCAAAGGUUGUACAGGCGCUUGUCCUUGACAAACUUCCCUCUGCCAUUCAAAGAGUCGCUCUUUCGGCUCUGUCACAGCAGCAGCAAAAGUUGCUGCUGCAGCAGCAGCAGCAACAGCAGCAGCCGCAGGAGGGUAGCCUGGACGACUCAGGGCUGUUGUCCAUUACUGCUUCUAGCACAUCAGCAGCAGCUGCAUCUCCCUCUUGGUGUGAAGCCUCUUCGUCUCCAAGACACGAGGUGCCCAGCACCAGCAGCAGCAGCAGCAACAGCAGCAACAGCAGCAGCACCAGCAGCAGCAGCAGCAACACGGAGUCUCCCCAGGCUGCUGCUCUUCUUGCUUCUGCAUUGUCUCCUUUUCGUCCUCUAAGAACAGAAGGGGGAGAAAUCGAACCCAACAACAAGAGACGCAGGCUGACGCCGCUGCUGCAGCAGCAGCAGCAACAGCAGCAGCAGCAGCAGCAGAUAUUUGAGCCACUGCCUCUGCGUGUAAGGACACUGGCUAUUCAUGUGUUAGGCAAACUUGCUGUUGCUGCAGGAAGCAGCGAGACCCAUCUAGGUUGUCAACGAAGGAGGAACAGCACUCCUGCUGCUGCUGCUGCUGCUGCAUCAGGAGCAGCAGCAACAGCAAAGGGCAGCAAGCCGCCACUUCACCACCAGCAGCAACUGCUGCAGCUAGCCGUCGAGCUCGUCGCUGCGCAGCUGGAGCAGCACGAACCACCGAUGGUCCGCCUCAAUGCCGUAGUGGUACUGAGCGAUGUGCUGCAGCGCCAUGGGCAGCUAACGGAUAAAGUGCUUCCUCUGAUUGUCUCUGCGAUUGCCUCAAGAGAAGGGGAGACAGCUCUGCAGCAGCAGGCAGCAGCACAUGCCUUGGCUUCUGCAGCAGCAACGAGCUGCAGCAGCAGCAGCAGCAGCAGCAGCAGCACGAUGGCGCUGGCGCCUCUAAGGAAGAUGGCAUUGAUUUGCUUAUCAAGACUUCUAGCUGAGGACUACGUACGAUGCAAAGGAGAGGCUGUCUUAGGGCUAUUGGUUAGUGGCGUAUUGGUGCCUUGGCUAGACGGCGACGCAGAGGGUCAUGAGGGUUUGAGCAGCAGCACGAUUCUCAGCAGCAGCAGCAGCAGCAGCAGCAAGCCGCUGCCGCUGCCUGUCUCUCGUAGCGAGCCUCUUGGGUGUCUCCUUGAGGACACUUUGCUGCUGCUGGCAUCCACAGACUUGCGCGUCAAGGUCGUGCGUGCUCCUAGUGCAGCAGCAGCAGCUGCUGCUGCAGCAGCAGCAGAGGAGGACGGGGGUGAGGAGGGGAUAGCUGCUGCAGGAGACAGAACAAGAACUGGCAGCAGCAGCAGCAGCAGCAGCAGCAGCAAAGGAGCAAGAGCAACUGCAGCACAGACAGCAGCAGCAGCAGAUAAGAAAGUUGAGGGUCUUGUUGCAGCAAUGAUGAAAAGAAUACUGCAGGCAGAAGUAUUACCUGUCUUACGUUGUAUAGAUAGUAUGCUGAGGGUAAGAAGGUCUCCUCUGCAGGAUUUCUCUAUGAGGGCUAUUUGCUGUCUCCUUAAGGAAUUCAGGGAUGAGCUGGAGGAGUUGCUAGGAGACGAUGUCUUAGCGAGGGAGGUAAGAGAGCAGCAGCAGCUGUUCGUGCCAGUCCCUCUGCUACAAAUAAGAAGAUAA